UUUGAGGACCCAGUAGCCGGCCUAGGGACCGUGUCUAAGCAGCCCAGGCUUCUCCCCAGAUCUUCUGUCCAGAUUGUGGCUGUGAAGAAGUUCGGAACCACGGACAGCUCCACAGUCCUCCCUCUCUGCUUGAGAAGAGAAACCCCUGACUAUUCCUGCUCUGGAGACACUGGUGGUUCUGUGUCGGGGAAGGACUCUACAUCUGGAAAGAUCUAUCUUUAUGGCUCUGCCAGCUUCUCCCUCUACAGCCAGGGUGCUUCCAAAGAUAGCUCCAGGGACACAAAGUCAGGAUACGCACCCCUCUGGGGGCUCGAAGCUGCUGGACUCAAAGCUGCCGGUGUCAUUGUUUCUACAAUCAGUUCAUGUUCUUCGCUGACGUCAGUCGGAGCUGUCCUGGUGCUAUAUAAGGCUGGCGGCGGUCCCGGGACAGACCCCGUGCUCCCCAAGGCGUCUUCAGUCCCCGGGGACAGAGUGGAGCUCCAUCUUGCACUGGGCAGACACUCCGAUAACCUGGCAGGCGGCACCAUGAUACAGAGGGGACGCGCUACGCUCCUGGUGGCGUUGCUGCUCUUGGCACAGCUGCGCCCGGAGAGCAGCCAGUGGAGCCCAGCGGCUGCGGCGGCAACUGGGGUCCAGGAUCCGAAUCUGCGAUGGAGCCCUGGAGUGCGGAAUCAGGGCGGCGGCGUCCGCGCGCUCCUCUUGCUGUUAGCGGAGCGCUUCCCGCGCCGUGCAGGAUCUGAGCCUGCGGGCGAGCGGCAGAGACGGGACGACCCUCCGCUGUCCAUCGACCUCACCUUCCACCUGCUGCGGACCCUGCUGGAGCUAGCUCGGACACAGAGCCAGCGCGAGCGCGCAGAGCAGAACCGCAUCAUAUUCGAUUCGGUGGGCAAGUGAUCGGCCCCGUAUGGGGUCACGAAAGCCUUGACCCUUUCCCUUACCUACCCUGGGGCUGGAACGCGCACAACCGGAGCUGUCUCAGUCCCGCGGUGCAGCGCCGCCCAGAGUCACCCUGAAUACUCUGAGUGGUUAUUUUUUAAUAAAACUGCCCAAGAGCUUA